AUGAAUGGGAUUAUCGAUGCGUUUCGGCAAUCGCUCAUGGCCGUGGAGCGGAAACCAUCGGAGGGGAACGAUGGGUUCAACCGCUUGGAGUUUUACUUUGUAAACCAGCAGCUGGUUCAGAGACCCGUUGACCAGUGGCAGAGGUUUGUUGCGGCGCAGGGACGUAAGGUCCAUCUUACCUUUUUGAAGUUACAGCUCGCGUUGGCAUUAGCGCUGGCUAGCGUUUGGGUUGCGGGUGCUGAUUGGACAGGAGGACAGUCGAUGACUGGUAUUUCCGGAGAAGGGAAACUGCGGUUCCGUGCGAGGAGGUGA